AUGCGGCACAUCAGCAUUCCUUAUGCAUGCCUCGUUAUUUGCUUUAGUUUUCAGCUUUUAAGCGCGUUCCCCUUACAGAGCUCGGCCUUGACUUAUGGGGACUUGGACGUCUUAAAGGCUUUACUUCACCAGCUAGAGCAGUCUGUGCCUCAGCAGAAGGACAAUUUCCCCUUGCUCGACAGACUCACCGAGGCAAACUUCGAGGAUACGGCACUAACUGGGGAGGAGAGCGAUGCCGAACUUUACACCAGAGCAAAACCGGUGGACGAAAGAGUGUUCUUGUCAGCCAAGGAUUUGAGGACUGUCAGAAAUGACUCCUCCAAGAGGUCCUCUGCGUGUUUCGGGCGCAGAAUGGACCGAAUUGGUUCUAUGAGCACCCUGGGAUGCAACACAGCCGGACGCUUCAGUAAAUCCAAAGAGGAAAUGAGGUCUUACCUGGAUCCCAGAGCUGCUAUGUCAUUACCUAGGCUACUAUGA